GUGCGGAGGGGCAGUGGGAGUGUGGAGGUGGGGUGUGGGGGGGGUUUCCAUGUGGAAAACGUCUCCGAAAAUGGACCUUCUCCCAGUUUUGUUUCUGAUCCUCCCGGUGACCGUUCACUCGGCUGUUCUAUCAGAAUCGGUCCUCGCGCAUGUCAUCGCCAGGUUUGAGAAGGAAGCGAAAGCCAACAAGGUGACUCAGGAAGGGAACUUUGCUGUAUUAAUGGUCCUCUCUGCGCCCCAGUGCCUGGGGGAGCGUCCCCUGGAGUUCAUACCCAACAAGCCGGCCGAGAAGGGGAGAGAGUCCGACCCCAUCAUCUCCGAAAAGGCCGAGAUCUUCCUGGCGGACCCCGAGGCCAACUACGUGGCUGUGUACCCUACGGGGGCUAUGCAGAGCGCAGAGAGCAAGCUGCUAUACCCACCCCAGGGGGAGGGCAAGGGCCGGGCCAGCGUGGCCAUGAGGCUGGAGGAGCUUCUCCGAGCUCGGGGGUUCGAGUUGGGCUGCGUCCUGCUGUUCUCCCGGCGUCUGCCCAGCGCCCCGGCAUGCGAGCACGGCGACACCUCGUGCGGGGUGGCCCCCGGCCUCCGCCACGCGCCCUUCGUCACGGCCUGGGCCGGGGAGCACGUGGGCCGGUACAUGGCCUACGGCUCGGUGCGUCACGCCAAGCUGGAGCCCGAGGAGGCCAAGGCGGAGCUGGAGAGGGUCUCCCGGGAGCACUUCCAUGUGAGGAGAUGCGAGCUGCAGGAUGAGGUGGCCGGCCGGUGCCAGGUCUGCUAUGCUCCGGACUUCUGCGUCCGCUUCUCUUCCGCUCUUCGGGUGAGGAUCCCGGGCAGGGCAGGGAAAGAGGCCAGAGUUUUCUAAACUGCCCUCCAGCUCGGUUCCCCAGUCGUAAUCUCCUGCGUCGCUCUUCCCUCCAGCUUUCCGCAGCUUCAGUCCGUCUCUAACCCUGACCCGGGGGGUGUGGAUGGACAGUUUAGAGGGAGCUUCACUCUGACUCUAUACUUGAUUAUUAUUAUUACGCAAGCGUCACAUAAUAAUAAUAAUAAUCCUUG